AGCGUCACCAGCAUUCGCUUAUCUAAUCAAUCGCACGGCUGCUCAACGAUGGCUUGAAUGUUGCGCGAUAAGCGGCAGGUAGUGGAAUAGAUAACACACAAGCACUAUUAUUAUCUAUCGAUGUCAGAGAAAUUUCGGUGAACAAACGCAAUUUCGUCUAGUGCCCGCCGUAGAGAAGGUAUGUAGUUGUGGUUGAAACUUGUAAACGCAAACUUUUGUUCGCACCGCUAUGCAAUAUUCCGACCGUGAUUCCACCGAUGUUGCCGCACCUUUACUCGAUGGCCACGCCAACGAGCAAACGUCCUCAGUCAAAUCCACCGCGCAAGCAACGAACAACGUAAUGACUGCAUUGAGACGCAAGAAAUAUCUAGUCAUUCUAAUAAGUCUUGCAAUAUGUGCCACUUUUCUGGGCAUCGUCCAUUUGGUGAGCAUUGCACCGGAAUUCAAUCAGUACAAAAUUUUGCGCGCUUACCAAAAUCAAAUCGAUAGCGAGCAAGCGCGUCAAGGGCACUCCUCACGGCCGCGCACCAUACUCUUGUGGAACAGUUUCUUUGAGAAAAAAAACUGGGGUUUGGAUGAGGACACUGUGGGACCCGAUUAUUUUCACAAUGACUUGAGUUGCCCUGUGUAUCGUUGUGAUUUAACGAGCAAUCGCGAUUUUUCGCCCGCCAUUGAAAUGUACGAUGCUGUGCUCUUUCAUGCAGCGGAACCCUUUCCGUUGUUACAUUCGGUGCCUAGAAGACGAUCGCCGCAUCAGCAGUAUGUGUUUGCUUUGAUGGAACCGCCUGGCGAGACAAAACAUGUGCUCUCCGAUGAGGGUGGCUUCUAUAAUUUGACAAUGAGUUAUCGGCUCGAUUCGGAUAUACAAUGGUCUUAUCAGUCGCUGGAGGAUAUGGAAACCGGAGAGGUGGUAGCGCCGGCAGUUCAUACCAAUUGGCGACAAGUACCGGCGGAAUGGAAUGAAACGAGCGUGUGGCAGCUGUGGAAAGGCAAGACGCGAAUGGCGGCUUGGUUCGUAUCGCAUUGUGCGACGUUGUCGAAGAGAGAGAAGCUGGCAGCAGCAUUGCAGGAGUCCAUUGAUGUUGACAUUUAUGGCAAAUGUGGAAAUUAUAGUUGUCCCCGCUCCUCAAACGAAUGCGAUGAACUUUUGGAUCAACGCUACAAGUUUUAUUUCUCCUUCGAAAAUUCACUGUGCAAUGAUUAUGUGACCGAGAAACUGUACAAUGCAAUGAAACGUAAUGUGAUACCUGUGGUAUUUGGUGGUGCCGAUUACACACGGUUUGUGCCGCCACAUUCCGUUAUAGAUGCUGAGGAUUUCCAGAGUGCAGCAGAGCUGGCGUCACACCUUCAAUAUUUGGCUACGCAUCCGGCGGAAUAUAUGCGUUAUUUUUGGUGGCGUCGUUACUAUCGCCUUACCGUCCGUUCGCCUUUUUGUGAUCUCUGCGAAAAAUUGCGCAGUGUAACUUAUGCGCAAAAAACGCAAACAUAUUUGGAUAUAGAAAAAUGGUGGAUGGCGGAUCAGUGCCGCUUUGAGUCUAAAAUUAAAUUUUAAGUUUUUUUUUAUGCUAAAACAAAUAGACGAAAUAAGUAAGUGAAUUAUCUAUGUAUGAAUGUAUGUAGCUUUAAAAUGAAAUCUUUCAAAUGAAGAGUUUCGUUUUGUAGACUGUUAUUGGUAUAAAUAUACAUACAUACAUGUAUAUUUGUAUGUGAGGAGGGAAGACAUGUACAUAUACAUAUGUAUGUAUGUAUGUAUGGGUGUGACUUUGUGCUGUUGAGGCUUUAGUGUUUAGAUGAAUUAUUGGAAGAAAUUAUCAUAGCGAUAACUGGUUGAUUAAGUGCCUUACUAUGUAAUUACUAAACAAUGAAUGUAAGUUAUAUUUUUACUAAGAGUAUUUAUGAACAUA